GAAACCUAAUUAAUUUCUCCGAGAUAAUGGACGGCUCUUACCUAGGGAUCUCAUGCACAAAAUUCUCUUCAUGAUAGAUCACAGAUCCGUGGCGAUGAUGCGUUGCACAAAUAGAUCCCUCCAAACGCAUACAAACGACCCGGAUUUUGAAUCUGAAUACUCAUCUCGGGUCGGGUCCGGUUUGGUACAUAUCUCUCCUUAUAGCUCAUAUUAUCUCUCCUACAACCCUAGCGGCGAUUUUAGGUCACUCAAGAUGACCGUAUGGAAGACCCAUAUCUUGGGAUCUUGCUCUGGCUUUCUUCUACUCUUGUUUGAUGAUGAUCUUCUAUGCGUUGUGAAUCCACUUACCAAGAAGUUUCGGUUCGUUAAUCAGUCUAGGUUAAUGCGUUUAUCCCGGGUGCUUAACUAUGCUCAUCAUCGACAAAAGAGAAAGCACCUCGGUUUUGCAGUUGAUCGAACCACCAAGAGAUUCAAAAUCGUCCACAUGAUCGAUCUGGGAGAAACCUAUAAGUUCGAGAUCAACGCUGGAAACUCAUGGAGACGUCCGAAAACGAAGCUUACUUGUUACUCAAGCGAUCUAAUGAAAACCCCUGUUUACUUGGACGGAUCUCUUCAUUGGCUAAGAAACGACGGUAGCAUUGUGGCUUUCAAUCUCGAAACAGAGCAAGCACGACUUAUCCCGAUCAAGUUCCCUCAGGUGAAUAGUUUGAAAACGCUCUUCGCCGUAGGUAAUAGACGACUAACUUUGAUAUCGGCAACGGAGAAAGACAUUUAUGUUUAUGCCCUUGAGAGUAUUCUCAAUGAUCCCAAGUGGGUCCUUGUGAACCAGAUCAUGAAUGUAGUGGCGGACAUAAAAAGGCCUAGCUAUUGGAACUUAGAGGCUUACGAAGGCAAGUGUUUAGUGUUGAGGGAGAAUUCGAAAAGGGAAGAAAUAGGACUUUAUUACAACCGAGUUGUUCAUGUGUACGACUUGACAACUAACAAGCGGGUAUUCAUGGAUUCGAUUCCAGGGUGGUUUAAUGUAAAUCAAGUUUUUUUUCAGUUUACACCGUCGACGUCUUAUGUAGUGGGGCUUGAUGAGAUUUUGCCUUGUGAUGACACAUGCAUCUCCUCUCUAAGCACGAUCAUGGCAAUGGUUGAUGAGAGGUCAUCAGAAAAGGUGGAAAAUCAACUUAGGAAAAGAUCAGCCGAACACAAUCUUUUGCAACAUCAAAGUGCUUACAAGAAAACAAGACUCGUUUAAGCAAAUUCGUCAAAGUCAGAAACAUGUUGUGUCCUUUCGCUAAUUUGGUCAAUGAAUCUGGUACUGUUUUAUGUUUCU